AUGGCAAACUUGCAUUCAGGGAAGUCAGAUUCACUGGUGGAACAGGAAUCAAAAUUUGAGUUGAAACCAUUGCCAGAUCAUCUAAAAUAUGCUUAUUUGGAAGAGGGUAAGGAGUUACCGAUAAUUAUUUCAAAGAAUUUGGGUCCAGAUCAAGAAAGCAAGUUGUUGGAUCUGUUACGACAACAUCGGAGAGCUAUUGGUUGGGCGCUUGCAGACCUACCAGGUAUCAGUCCAAUCAUAUGUAAACAUCAGAUAUUUCUGGAAGCUGAUGCUAAGCUAAUAAGACAGCCACAACGCCGUCUUAACCGACUUAUGCUGGAGGUAGUCAAGGCUGAGAAAGAAGUAGAGUUUAAUUUUGAUCAGGAUUGUAAGGAUUCAUUUGAUAGGAUUAAAAAGGCUGUCACUUUUGCUCUGAUUAUUAGAGAGCCGGACUGGACAAUUCCAUUCGAAGUGAUGUGUGAUGCUUCGAACUUUGCUAUGGGGGCAGUAUUAGCUCAACGGGUUGGAGGAGUGCCUCAUGUCAUCUAUUAUGCUUCCAGAACAUUAGAUUCAACCCAGGCUAACUACACUACAACUGAGAAAGAAUUGUUAUCUAUUGUGUUUAUUUAUAUACUGCUCACUGUUGAUUACGUUUCUAAAUGGGUGGAGGCAAUUGCUACCAAAACUAACGAUGCAGCCGUUGUUGUGAAUUUUGUCAAGAAUAACAUAUUUUGUAGGUUUGGAAUACUUAGAGCAAUCAUCAAUGAUCAGGGAUCACAUUUCUGCAAUAGACAUAUGAAAGCCCUGUUGAGCAGCUAUGGCAUAGUUCAUAAGGUGUCGACCCCAUACCAUCCUCAAACAAACGGGCAGGUCAAAGUUUCUAAUAGGGAGAUCAAACUGAUUCUGGAAAAAAUAGUAAGACCCGACAGAAAAGACUGGAGUAGAAGACUUAGUGACACCUUGUGGGCUUAUUGGUCAGCAUUCAAGACAUCAAUCGGUAUGUCCCCAUACAGAAUUGUCUAUGGCAAGUAUUGUCACUUGCUAGUGGAAAUAGAGCACAAGGCUUACUGGGCAGUUAAAUCUUGUAAUAUGAACCUGGAGGAGGCUGGAGUUGGUAGGAAAUUGCAGUUACAGGAACUUCGAUUGGAAGCCUAUAAGAGUUCCCCAACAAGUUCUAUUGAAAUAGCUAUGAAUGUUCACAACAUAAGUCGCAAAGCCUUUUCCAAGGGUUUUGUAUUCGGCACCGCUGCAUCUGCUUAUCAAGUCGAAGGAAUGGCUCUUAAAGGAGGAAGAGGACCAUGUAUUUGGGAUGCAUUUGUCAAGAAACCGGGUAUUAUUCCCGGAAAUGCUACUGCCGAUGUCACGGUUGAUGAAUAUCAUCAUUAUAAGGAAGAUAUUAAUAUCAUGAAGGAACACAAUUUCGAUGCAUAUCGAUUCUCAAUUUCUUGGAGUAGAAUUUUUCCAAAUGGCACGGGAGAAAUCAAUUGGGAAGGUGUAGAUUAUUACAAUAGAUUAAUUGAUUACUUGAUAAUUCAAGGUAUUACUCCUUAUGCAAAUCUCUAUCAUUAUGAUCUUCCCUUGGCACUACAUGAGGAGUAUUUGGGUUGGUUAAGCCCAAAGAUAGUGGAUGCAUUUGCGGAUUAUGCUGAUUUUUGUUUUAAAAGAUUCGGUGAUAGAGUUAAGAAUUGGUUCACUUUUAAUGAGCCAAGAGUUAUAUCAGCUCUUGGUUAUGAUAGUGGUUUGCAUGCUCCUGGAAGAUGUACUGGUUGUGAAGAUGGAGGGAACUCAACCAUAGAACCUUAUAUCGUCACUCAUAAUCUUAUUUUAUCCCAUGCAGAGGCAGUGAAAAGAUACCAUGAGAAAUAUCAAGAGAAGCAAAAGGGUCGAAUUGGAAUUCUCUUAGACUUUGUGUGGUACGAACCUCAUACUAACCAGUCAAAAGACAAAGCUGCAGCUCAAAGAGCUAGGGAUUUUCACCUCGGAUGGUUCCUUCAUCCUCUAAUAUAUGGUCAAUAUCCGGAAUCAAUUCAAGAAAUCGUAAAAGAUAGGCUUCCUAAAUUCACUUGUGAACAAGUGAAGUUGGUAAAAGGCUCGUAUGACUAUAUCGGGAUCAAUCAAUACACAACAUACUAUAUGAAGGAUAAUGGCGUGACUAAUUCAACACCUACUAGCUAUCAAGAUGAUUGGCAUGUUGAGUUCAAAUAUGACCGAGAUGGUGUGCCAAUUGGUCCUUUGGCGAACUCUGAUUGGCUCUACAUAGUUCCAUGGGGAAUUUACAAGGCCAUAACCUAUGUAAAAGAAAACUAUGACAACCCUAUCAUCAUUUUAUCAGAAAAUGGAAUGGACCAACCUGGAAAUGUCACUCUUCCACACGGCUUGGAAGAUACGAUGAGGAUUAACUAUUACAUGAGAUAUAUUGCUCAUUUGAAGAGGGCUAUAGACGAUGGUGCCACGGUGAUAGGAUACUUUGCAUGGUCACUUCUUGAUAACUUUGAAUGGAGGUUGGGUUACACUUCAAGAUUUGGUAUGGUGUAUGUGGACUAUAAGAAUAACAAGCGAUAUCCAAAGAAUUCAGCUACUUGGUUCAAGAAACUUCUCAAGAGGAAGACAAAUUAA